AUGACUGUGGCAGCGGCCCUGGCUGGACUCCAGGCAGAAGCCAAUUGUUCCAUCUGUCUGGAGGGCCUGAGAGACCCCGUCACCACUGAGUGUGGGCACAACUCCUGCCGCUUCUGCAUCCAGCGGUCCUGGGCUCACCUGGAGGACAGGUUCCCCUGCCCCGUGUGCCACCGCCCGUGCCAGGAGCGGCAGGUGAGGAGAAACACCCAGCUGGGCAGGAUGAUCCGUGUGGCCAGGCUGCUCCAGAGCAGCCGGAGCAACAGGAGGAGCUGCGAGGAGCCGCGCCCGUGCGAGCUGCACCGCCAGGUCCUGAGCCUCUUCUGCGAGGAACACGUGGAAGUGCUGUGUCCCCUGUGCGCACGGACCCCUGAGCACCAGGGCCACUUGAGGCCGGUGGGCGAGGCCGCGGCUGACCACCGGCAGAGGCUCAGCGCUUACGUGGAGCCUUUGAAGAGGCGGGUGGCAGAUGCCCACAGCCUGGUGGCCGCGCAGGACAGAAAGCUGCUGGAGCUGCGGGAGCUGGUGCAGCGCCAGCGGCUGGAGCUGGCCUCGGAGUUCCGGCAGCUGAGCCGGGCUGUGGACGGCGAGCAGGAGGCCGUCCUGGCGAGGCUGGUCCAGGAGGAGCAGGACAUCCGGGAGCAGCUGGGCGCCAACAUCACCGCCUCCUCAGACCACAUCUGCGAGCUGCGGGGCCUCCUGCACGAGGUGACAGAGAGAAGCGUGUUUCCUGGAGCCAGGCUGCUGAGUGGCAUCGGGGGCGUCCUGGGCAGGUGCGAGCGUCUGAGGUGCCCCGACGUCUACUCCUUCCAGCUGAGGCGGGAAGGCUGCAGCCUGCCCCCGCAGCACUCAGCUCUGCAGAAAAUCAUUCAGAAGUUCCGGGAGGACGUGACCCUGGACCCCGAGACAGCGCAUCCCAACCUGCUCGUGUCCGAGGAUAGAAAGUCGGUGACGUUUGCGAGGAGCAGGCAGCUUUUUCCCCCAAGCGCGCACAGAUUCUGCACGGAGCCUGCGGUGCUGGACUCUGUGGGCUUUGCCAGCGGCGGGCGGAGCGGCGCUGGGCACCUGGAGGGACAGAAACGCCUCUGGACUCUGGGGCUGCGCGGAGGGGAUUGUGAGGCCCGCGGGCCGGGGGGCGCCCUUCCCCUGGAGCUGAAGGAGGAGCCUGGCGGGAUCGAUGUGUAUCUGGACUAUGAGUUGCGUGCGAUUUCCUUCUACAGUUGGAAGGACAGGUCCCACAUCCACUCUUUCACCGACAAAUCUUCUGAGAUCUUAAAGCCCGAUUUCUCUAUCGGAUGCUAUACUCAACCUCUUACAAUCUGCGCAGUAAGAGAUUACUAA